UGGGGGAUCGUUUAGGUCGGUGCACAGUGCGGAAAUUAGGCCACCUCUAGGUAGGGUCAUUUGAAGUUUCUUUCUAGGGUUUGGAGCGGAUGGUUGGAGAUAUAUUUUGUGAGUAGGGGAAAAUGCUGAAAUGAUCUGGGGUAGUAUCUAGGUGAAGAUACAGACAACGCUAAAAAUAGCUACGUUCCAUUCCUGCAACGCUACAAAACUCUAUGUGUUCUUGCUUUUGAUUCUGAAACAUCAGGAUGAAGAAAUAUAAACGUAAAGAACUUGAAAGUUGUCUUCAGCAAGUUGAUGGUUUUGAGGAUCCCAAACUGCUACUUGAACAAUACCCAACAAGGCCACAUAUAGCAGCAUGUAUGCUUUACACAAUUCACAAUACAUUUGAUGACAUUGAAAACAAGAUGGUUGCAGAUCUCGGUUGCGGUUGUGGUGUACUCAGCAUUGGCAGUGCCAUGCUGGGAGCAGGGUUAUGUGUAGGCUUUGAUGUUGAUUCUGAUGCCCUGGAAGUAUUUAACAGAAAUGCUGAAGAGUUUGAACUCUCAAAUAUUGACAUGGUUCAGUGCGAUGUAUGUUCUUUUCCCGAGGAAAUGGCAAAAAUGUUUGAUACGGUUAUUAUGAACCCUCCCUUUGGAACCAAGCACAAUAAAGGCACGGACAUGGCUUUCCUCAAGACAGCUCUGCGGAUGGCAAGAACAGCCGUUUACUCCUUGCACAAAACAUCAACCCGCCAACAUAUUCAGAAGAAAGCUGAUGACUGGAAAGUGAAGAUGGAAGUUUUAGCAGAACUAAGAUACGAUCUACCAGCUUCAUACAAAUUCCACAAAAAGAAAUCAGUGGACAUCGAAGUAGAUUUCAUUAGAUUCUCAAGUGAAAAGAAGACAAAUGAAGGAAUGACUUAACUUCUAAAAAGUAGAAUAAAAAUUCAAUUUUUUAAAGUAUUA